AUGCCACACAUCUUGAAGAACCCAGACGGAACCGUCAAUUUUGAUGCCGUCAAGAAAGAGACUGACUUCCUGAAGGGCAAGUACGCACAAAAUGCCGAGAACGCAAAGAAGAACGCUGCACGCGAAGAACAAGACGGGCAAGCCUCUGCCGUUUCAUCGGCACCAGCUCCACAACAGGGUCAUGGCGACCUUGUUCCUCCUAAGGCCGACAAUACACAGUAG